AUGAUUUUUCUAUUUUAUACAUUUCUCACUCUCAAUGCUGGAUAUUGCACUGAAGAAUUUAAGUUUGAGGUGAAGAUUGUGAGUGUUGGAGAAAAUGUGACCCUGACAUGUCCUCUCCAGACCUCUACUCUCUACCAAGACAGUUUGUACUGGAUCCGCCUUACUUCUGGAAACUGGCCUGAAUUUCUCGGAGCAACAUUUAACUUUGAGUUUGAUAGUGUUUCUAAGAUUCCUCACAUUCAGACAAAACAAGAGCCAGGAGAAUUUCUUCUUCAUAUUAAUGAAGCUCAGCAAAAUGAUACUGGACUUUACUACUGUAUCAAAGUCAGAUCACUUGACUUCAUAUUUAUGAAUGGAAGCUUUCUACAAAUUAAAGGACAGGAAUCUGAUGUACCUGUAGUUGUUCAGAAGCCUCCAUCUGAUCCAGCUCAUUCAGAAAACCCAGAGACUCUACAGUGUUCGGUUCUCUCUGGUUCUGACAGAGAAACUUGUCCUGUAGAUAACCGGGUGUACUGGUUCAAAGCUGGAUCUGAUCAUUCUCAUCCCAGCUUACUUUAUCUACAAGGAAGCAGUAGAGAUGAGUGUGAGAAAAGUCCUGAGGUUCCCUCGACACAGAAAUGUUUUUACAACUUCUCUGAGACCUCUGAUGAUAGGACUUAUUACUGUGCUGUGGCUGCAUGUGGACAGAUAUUAUUUGGAAACGGAGCAAAACCGAAGGGUGCCAAAGUACAAGAUUUCUACAAACUAUUUAUUGCUCCAUUAUGCUCAGCUUUGGUGAUAAGUCUUCUUGUAAUAUCCUGCCUCAUUUAUAAAAUUAAGAAGAGAACAUGUGGUUGUUGCAACGAUCCCGUAUCAUCAAUUGGCAAUAACCAAAAUCAUCAGAGGGAAGAGAACGCUUUGGUUUAUUCUGCACCAGCGUUCAACAGGAAUAAAGCUAAGAAAGGAGAAAGAAGAAAUGUGAAAACAGCGCCGGAGGAGACUGUCUACACUGAUGUUAAAACAUUUAGAUAGAUUUAUUUGCUCUAAUAUGAUGACUUAAAUGUUGUUGUUUCUCAUAAAUUAAAAUGUAUCAUUAAAUAGGCAUUGUGUAUA